UGCCCCCCACCCAUAAUAGUUUCGCUGGUGAAACUUCUCGACCCCUACAAUCCUAUUUGGAACGUUCCACUCUGAUGCUAAAAACGCGCCAAAGUUCGCACGUUUCCCAAGAAGUCAACAACAAUGGCGUCCCGUGCUAAAGCAGUAGGAGUGUCGAAGCGCAAGGCAGGCGCUGAGGUGGAGACGGUGGAGCAGACCGAAGUUGUAGACGGAAAGAAAAGCAAAGCAGAGCAGGAAUCAGAGAAUGUGACCGAGGGCCAGAGGGUGCUGAUCGAACAUUGUAAGAGCUGACGAGUGUACGGCCGGAACGCUGAGGGGGUGAAGGUGGCCCUCAUAGCUGCCUGCCCGGAGCUCAAGGUGUUCCUCAACCCCCAGAAGCCCAGAAGGAACAGCUUUGAAAUCACCCUGGUAGAGGAGGGAGGGAAAGAGGUGUGCCUCUGGUCAGGGAUCAAGAAAGGCCCACCACGCAAGCUGAAGUUUCCGGAGCCUGAUGUGGUUGUAUCUGCUCUAGAAAAGGCUCUCAAGGUGGAUUAGACACAAAUGAAGGUCAGUUUGUGCUGACCUAUGUCUGGGUUGAAUAACCAGUGGGGAAACCCUGAAUAGGAGAGAUGAUUUGAGAUACAAAACUACGACAAAUAAUAAACUGUUGAAUGGAUAAUGAAUAUGUAUAGACUAUAGUAUAAUCAGUAUACAACUCAAUUGUCAUUGUAACUUGCAAUCUAAUGGAGCAAGUGAUAUUCCUCAAUUAUUAAGCUGUUAUCCAGGGGUUGGUGGCUGCAGGAUGUACUAUGAUGAGGGCUGAACAAUGGGGCUAAUCCCCCAGUCUCCCCUCUGAUGACCAGCGCCUAGCUCCCAGGACCUGGAUACACAGGGACAUCUAGUGGUUUUUGCUGUCUUCUGAUGUUUCAAUGUUUUUAAAAGUUCACUGGUCUUCCAUUGCAUUUCAUUUGUAAUAGUUUCACAUCGUAAAACAUUGUUUUUUCCUGCACUGUUUUAUAUUGUAUAUGUUCAUGUUGAAAUAAACAGCUAAUUUUGUUGAUGCCUUU